UAGAAAAAUAGAAUCAGACCCACUCACCCACCUGCCUCGCUCAUUAACAUCAUCCACUGCAACAUCAAGCUCUUCCCCAGUUGGAAAGCGACUAACCCAACACCUUCUCCAUUUCUCCACCCAUCUAACUAUAUAUACUCUCUUUGCUCCUUAUCUGCUUAUAUUAUAAUACCCCAGCUUUCACCAACAAAACUGCAAAUAAAAAUGCAUGCCAAUCCUCCAAAAUCAUCCCUCUUGCUCCACAGAAUUAACAGUGACACCCCAGCACAUAACUCCACCACCUCUACACCUGAUAAUUCCUUCAUGCUUUGCCAAAAGCGCUACCCUUUAACAUGCAAUAUGCCCGUCCCUGACACCGUUGCUCGCCACCACACCCACCCAGUUGGUCCCAACCAAUGCUGCUCUGCCGUUGUCCAACAGAUCGCCGCCCCCGUCUCCACCGUCUGGUCCGUUGUCCGCCGCUUCGAUAAUCCCCAGGCUUACAAGCACUUCGUCAAGAGCUGUCACGUCAUCGUUGGGGAUGGUGAAGUUGGUACCCUUCGUGAAGUCAGCGUCAUCUCGGGCCUCCCCGCUGCCAGGAGCACAGAACGCCUCGAGAUCCUUGACGACGAGCGUCAUGUUAUCAGCUUCAGCGUCGUUGGCGGAGACCAUAGGCUAGCUAACUACAGGUCGGUGACGACCCUCCACCCUUCCACUUCUGGGAACGGAACGGUGGUGGUGGAAUCCUACGUGGUGGACGUGCCGCUGGGUAACACCAAAGAUGACACCUGUGUGUUCGUCGACACUAUUGUUCGGUGCAACCUCCAGUCACUGGCUCAGAUCGCAGAGAAUCUCUCCAGCCGCAAAUAGCAAACAACGAAACCAAGUCAUUUUCGUGAGUAGAUUCAGAACCCUCCAUCAAAAUAGAUUAAUUUCUCUCUCUCUCUCUCUCUCUCUUUGGUGAUACGCCGUCGAUUUUGUGAGUAUCCGAUGUUUGGGUUGCCGAUGGAACAUCUCAUCACUGCCAAGUUCAUGUUUAUCAUUUCACCUGUGUAUGUGUAUCAGCUUCUUUUGUUUAUUUUGUUUAUCUCUUUUUCUUUACUUGUUUAAUCUGUGAAAUACUAUUAUACUAAUAAUAAAUACAGACACUUGAUUGUUAAAAUA